UCCAGGGGAUCUUCCCAACCCAAGGAUCAAACCUCUGUCUCUUGUCUCCUGCAUUGGCCCGUGACCAAGGUGUAGACUAAGAGGGGGAGUCAUGCUUCACACGGCCUUAUCAUGUUGGCAGCCAUUCCUGGGUCUGGCUGUGGUCUUAAUCUUCAUGGGAUCCACCAUUGGCUGCCCUGCUCGCUGCGAGUGCUCAGCCCAGAACAAAUCUGUUAGCUGCCACAGGAGGAGGCUGAUCGCCAUCCCAGAGGGCAUUCCCAUCGAGACCAAAAUCUUGGACCUCAGCAAGAACAGGCUGAAAAGCAUCAACCCUGAAGAAUUCAUCUCUUACCCUCUGCUGGAGGAGAUAGACUUGAGUGACAACAUCAUUGCCAAUGUGGAGCCAGGAGCCUUUAACAAUCUCUUCAACCUGCGUUCCCUCCGCCUGAAGGGCAAUCGCCUGAAGUUGGUCCCUUUGGGGGUCUUCACGGGCCUCUCCAACCUCACCAAGCUUGACAUUAGUGAGAAUAAGAUUGUCAUUUUACUGGACUACAUGUUCCAGGAUUUGCAUAACCUGAAGUCUCUAGAAGUGGGGGACAACGAUUUGGUUUAUAUAUCACACCGGGCCUUCAGUGGGCUGCUUAGCUUGGAGCAGCUCACACUGGAGAAAUGUAACCUCACUGCGGUACCCACAGAAGCCCUCUCACACCUCCGCAGCCUCAUCAGCCUGCACCUGAAGCAUCUCAAUAUCAACAACAUGCCCGUGUAUGCCUUUAAAAGACUGUUCCACCUGAAACAUCUAGAGAUUGACUAUUGGCCUUUACUGGAUAUGAUGCCUGCCAACAGCCUCUAUGGUCUCAACCUCACCUCUCUCUCCAUCACCAACACCAAUCUAUCCACCGUCCCCUUCCUUGCCUUUAAACACCUGGUCUACCUAACCCAUCUGAACCUCUCCUACAAUCCCAUCAGCACUAUUGAGGCAGGCAUGUUCUCUGACCUGAUCCGCCUCCAAGAGCUUCAUAUAGUGGGGGCCCAGCUCCGCACCAUCGAGCCUCACUCCUUCCAAGGGCUCCGCUUCCUUCGUGUGCUCAACGUGUCUCAGAACCUUCUGGAAACUCUGGAAGAGAACGUCUUCUCCUCCCCGAGGGCUUUGGAGGUCCUGAGUAUUAACAACAACCCUCUGGCCUGUGACUGCCGCCUCCUAUGGAUCCUGCAGCGGCACCCAACCCUGCAGUUCGGUGGCCAGCAGCCCAUGUGCGCUGGCCCGGACACUAUCCGCGAGAGGUCAUUCAAAGAUUUCCACAGCACUGCCCUUUCUUUUUACUUCACCUGCAAAAAACCCAAAAUCCGUGAGAAGAAGUUGCAGCAUCUGCUUGUGGAUGAGGGGCAGACGGUCCAGCUGGAAUGCAAUGCCGAUGGAGACCCUCAGCCUGUGAUCUCCUGGGUGACACCUCGAAGGCGGUUCAUCACCACCAAGUCCAAUGGAAGAGCCACCGUGCUGGGCGAUGGCACCCUGGAGAUCCGCUUCGCCCAGGAUCAAGACAGUGGGAUGUACGUCUGCAUCGCUAGCAAUGCUGCGGGGAACGACACCUUCACGGCCUCCUUAACUGUCAAAGGGUUUGCUUCAGACCGCUUCCUUUAUGCCAACAGGACCCCUAUGUACAUGACCGACUCCAAUGACACCAUUUCCAAUGGCACCAAUGCCAAUACUUUCUCCCUGGACCUUAAGACAAUACUGGUGUCGACAGCCAUGGGCUGUUUCACCUUCCUGGGAGUGGUGUUAUUUUGCUUCCUCCUCCUUUUUGUGUGGAGCCGAGGGAAAGGCAAACACAAAAACAGCAUUGACCUUGAGUACGUGCCCCGAAAAAACAAUGGUGCUGUCGUGGAAGGGGAGGUGGCUGGACCCAGGAGGUUCAAUAUGAAAAUGAUUUGAGGGUUGGUCACUCCAACUAUUGUUUCUGUGUCAUUGUCUGUAACCAGUGAGACAGCCUGGCGCAAGAGAAGUACUAGGUUAAAAGGCAGCUCAGUGCAGCUUCCCUGUGUCAAAGCAGGGUCCGCAGAAGCAGGAGGACUUCUGAUGGAGACGCUCCACCUAGAAGCAGGCAGGCAGGCAUGUGUCAGAGCCCUUCACACAGUGGGGUACUAAUUGUUUGCAUUGCAAAUACUGGCAUUCUGGGGAUCUCAGUAAUGAACCUGAAGCUUCGGCUCAUGCUCAUGGACAGUUACUCAACCUUUUCUACCACUGCAAAAA